AUGGAAUCUCUAAGUGUCGAGCCCACGUACGAUGUUCUCAUCAUCGGAGCUGGGCUUUCUGGUAUUUGCAGCCUCCACCAUGUCCGCGAACGCUUCCCUACAUGGAAUGUCAAAGUCAUAGAGGCUGCCAGCGACGUGGGUGGCGUCUGGCAUUGGAACCGGUACCCUGGCUGCAGACUCGACACGGAGUCUAUUUCCUACGGAUACUCUUUCGACAAGGAGUUUCUGCAGCAAUGGGAGUGGAAGGACACGUUUUCUUCACAGGCAGAGAUGCAAGAAUACAUCAAAAGCAUUGCCAAGAAACACGACCUGUACAAGGACAUACAGUUCGAUACGCGCAUCACUUCAGCUCACUGGCAAGACCAAGACCAUACGUGGUCCUUUGUGGAUGAAGCGGGAGCUUGCUACAAGACUCGCUUCUUCGUGAGCUGCCUAGGGUUUCUCUCGGCGCCAACCUGGCCUGCGAUACCCGGCCUCGAAGACUUCAAGGGGCAGGCCUACCACACGUCGCGUUGGCCGAAAGAUUUUGACAUGAGCCGCGAUCUUGAGGGCAAGCGCGUCGGCGUGAUCGGCACUGGCGCAACUGGAAUUCAGACUAUUACAGCCAUAUCUCAGGAGCCAGGCAUCCGCUCCCUUACCGUCUUCCAACGAACCGCCAAUUGGUCUGCUCCCUUGCGCAACGCCGAAAUUACUCCUGGGCAAAUGGAGCAAUACAGGAGUCAGUACGAUGAAACAUUCGACAGAUGUGCCCAGACGUCUUCAGGAUUCCUGCACCAAGCCGACCCUCGCAAAUCCGUGGAGAUCAGCCAGGAUGAGCGUCUGGCCCACUACGAAAAACUCUACGCUGAGCCAGGGUUUGGCAAGUGGCUGGGCGUCUUCAGUGACACAUACAACGAUCGCGAAGCCAACAGGCUGUACUCAGAAUUCAUAGCCGGGAAGAUCAGGGGAAUAGUCAAGGACCCGGAGACGGCCGACAACCUCAUUCCCACCCAUGGGUUUGGGACUCGACGAGUGCCGCUCAACAGUGGCUACUUCAAAGCAUUUAAUAAAUGGCGCCUCUGCAGGUGGCCGCCUCCGCUUCCGGCAGUUUAUGCUUAG